AUGGAGAGCAGUGUGCUAAAGGAUUACGCGGUUAAAUACGUGGCCCACGUUCUCGACAAUAGUGCCAUCCCCUACUGUCUAGUCGGGGAGUCGGUGCUUGAGCUCUACGGCCUGCAGCGCAAGCUAGGCAUAUUCACAGGUUUCGCCAUCCCCACCAAAUGGAUGGAGCACGCCCGGUAUGCGUUGCAGCAGGCCGGGCAUUUUUCGUGCCGCGGCUACUGCGGCGCCCGCACGGGCUACAAGCCCACCUUCAAGGAGGAUGUCCCUCCCAUCGCACCCGCCUGGCAUUACCACAUGCCCCCGCCUCCCUUAGCAGGGGGCGAGCAUGGCUUCUAUGGGCGCAGCACGUUCCUCUGGGGAUACGUCGUGAAUUUCUACAAUCACUCGGAUGUGCUCUGGUUAUUCCCCGAGCCGCCCCGCGGCGACCCCACGACCGCGCCCCGCCCGCCCCUGGGAGAUAAUGUGCCCCCGGAGGGACUGGGCGUGCUGUCGGACUACUACAUGCUGUCCGAUGAUCUGCGCCUGUCGCCUCACCGGCGACACGCGCCCGAGCGCUAUCCCAUCAAGAUCCCCACCCCGCACCGCUACCUGGAAACCAUCAUCUGCCAGAUGUGCGUGCAUCGGCAGAAGCGGGAGGUAGGGCUCGCCGAGACGUGCGCCGCCAUCUUCCACCGCUUGACUCUGCCGCGCCGGCUGAACCCCCAACUCCAGGUCGUGUUGCGGGAGCGCGAGUUGUCCGAGCCCUUCCGCGGCUUCGUGGAGAACCACUUCAAGGACCCCGAGGACCCAACCAAGUCGGAUUCUGGGUGGGAGGAACGUGUCCUCACUUUCCUCUACACAAAGCCGGAGAUACACAUGUUGCUCUCGUAA